CCCCUGCUGCUCCUCCUUCCUCCCGUGUGUGGGGGGUUGUUAGGCCUGACAACUGAAAACUUUAUACAUUUCACUGACAGUAAGUCCUGGCAAGAUGCACUGGACUACUGCAGAAAGCAAAACUCCAACCUGGUCAUCAUCGAGGAUGAAGAAGUGAAUCAGGACUUUCUUGGUGUCUGGGGCAGUAGCUCAACCAAAAAGCAGGGCUGGAUCGGUUUGUACAGAAAUGAUUCAGGCCAAUGGAAAUGGUCCAGAGGAGACAUGGUAGCCACUUUCUUCUCCUGGGACAAUGAUGAGCCAAAAGAUGGUCAGAACUGUGCUGUUAAGUACCCUGAUAACAAGAAAUGGAAAACCAAUUACUGUAAAUUCCUACAUUCUUUCAUGUGUUACAACGAGCCGCUGGUUCUGGUGAAAGAGAAGAAGACGUGGGAGGAGGCAUUAAAACACUGCAGGUCUCUGGAGCCGGUGGACCCAAGUCAGCCAGCCACUGCCUACCAGAACUACCGCUAUGACCUGGUCACCCUGCUCACUCAAGAAGACCACGACAUUGCACGAAAGAAAGCCCAACGGGCUACCACUGCUGAGGUGUGGACGGGCCUGCAUUACCUGGCUGGCCACUGGGUCUGGGUGGGUGGAGGAGGAGACGUGCAGUACACCAAUACUGAAGGUUGCCCAACUCAGAGGUUCUGUGGCGUCCUGCUGAAGACCGGCUCCACACUCUUCGAUACAAGGGACUGCGGAGAGAGCAAGAACUUCCUCUGUUACAGGAAGCCUUAAACAUAUCUUUCCCAACAGAAACU